AUGGUAAAAUAUCAUUUUGAAGGUUUGGACGAUAGAAGAGUCCAGGAGAGUAGGAAUAGAUAUGGAGCAAAUACAUUGCCACCAGUAAAGGUGGAGACAUUCUUUGAGAAGUUAAAGGGCAACUUUGAAGAUCCACUCAUUCAUAUUCUAUGCGUGGCGUUGGUAAUCACUCUGUUACUGGCCUACUUUGGCUAUGCAGAGUGGUUCGAAGGCUUUGGUAUAGCAAGUGCCGUGUUUCUAGCCACGUUCGUAUCUACAUACUCAGAGUACAAGAAUGAGAACAGCUUCCAGGAGCUACAGGAGAAGGCAUCAAGAAUCAAAUGCAACGUCUUUAGAAAUGGAAAUCAUAUGCAGAGCAUCUAUGCCUUUGAUGCUGUCGUCGGUGACUACAUACUGUUGCAGGCGGGUGACAAGAUACCGGCCGAUGGCAAGCUGGUGGCAGGAGAGUUGUUUGUCAACCAGUCAUCACUCAAUGGAGAGUCAGCUCUCGAGAAGAAGACAGUCGCACCCGUAUCUUAUCAGCCAGCAAACAAAAACAACUUCCUCGAUCACCAUCUCUGCUUCCGUGGCAGUGUCGUAGAGGAUGGCGAAGGUGUGCUCCUUGUCGACUCUGUUGGCUCAUCAACAAUCUAUGGUGAGCUGGCUGUCGAGUUGUCCAAAGCAGACGAGCGAGAGUCCCCUCUACAGAUCAAGCUUGGCAAUCUCGCCGACAACAUCUCCACGCUUGGUUAUAUUGGCGCAUGCUUCAUUGUCAUCUCUUUCCUCUUCAAACAGGUGAUCAUGGACAACCACUACGCCUGGGAUGAGAUCAAGACGUACGUUGCCAACUACCCUAUGGUGCUUCGCGAUGUAGUCAACUCUGUUACACUGGCAAUCAUUAUCAUUGUGGUGGCCGUGCCCGAAGGUCUACCAAUGAUGAUAGCCAUUGUACUGUCACUCAACAUGCGCAAACUACUCAAAGCCAAGGUGCUGGUCCGCAAGCUACUCGGCAUUGAGACCGCUGGCUCGUUGGACAUCUUGUUUGUUGACAAGACUGGAACGAUUACCAAAGGACAGUUCAUACCGAGGACGUUCGUCAGUGGUGCCGGUUCAACCUACAAGGGAUUUGCACAGAUACCUACGGAGCUCCGCGACGUACUAUCCUUUGCGGUCAGAGAGUCAACGUCGUCAGUGAUUGAUGAGGAUGCUCAGAUCGUUGGUGGUAACGCCUCUGACAAAGCAUUGCUACAGUUCUUGGACAAGCCAUCAUUGAUGAAGGACUUUGGUGUGGAGAUCAUCAAGGAGGUGCUCUUCCAUUCAGAGCGCAAAUACUCUGCUGCACAUCUCCGUGUACCAUUCCAAGGUGGACGAUCUGGUAAGCCUCCAACUGGUAUUCUUAGAUGCUCUUCAAAAGCCAAUGAGCAAUUUGAGAUCACAUGUCUAAAGGGUGCACCAGAGAUCGUCAUCAAUCAUUGCAAGAUGCACUUUAAUCAGGAUGGAAAUAUUGAACCAAUUCCAAACAUUGACGGAUUCUUGUUGGAGAUCAACAGACUCUCAGAGCAGGGAAUCAGAGUGAUCGCUGUGGCUGUUUCAAAGGAGCCGCUGACAGAGACAGAGAAGUUGCCAAACAACUUGAUUCUGGUCGGUGUCGUUGGUGUAUACGACGAGAUACGUGAGGAGUCGCGACCAGCCAUCGCCAUGGCCACACGUGCUGGCAUUCAAGUGGUGAUGAUCACUGGAGACAAGCGAGAGACUGCCAUUGCAGUGGCACACCAGAUUGGUUUGAUUGCCCCUGGCGAGGAACAUAUCCCUGGCGCGGUUAUCACAUCACUCGACCUACAGCACGUGUCUGACGAUCGACUGAAGGAGAUGAUUCCACAUCUGCGUGUGGUGGCUAGAGCACUGCCUCGCGACAAGACCCGAUUCGUCAACGUAGCUCAAUCUCUUCACAAGGUGGUCGGUAUGACUGGUGACGGUGUCAAUGACAGUGCAGCACUCAAGCAUGCCGAUGUUGGAUUCGCCAUGGGCAGUGGCAGCGAGGUCUCCAAGGAGGCCGCUGACAUUGUUAUCUUGGACGACAACUUUGCAUCAAUCACACAGGCCGUGCUCUAUGGCCGAACGAUCUACAAGUCGAUCCAAAAGUUCAUUGUCUUCCAAUCUACCAUCAAUGUUGCAUCGACACUAAUCGUAUUCCUUGGACCAUUCAUGGGAAUUGACUUCCCACUCACACUGAUCCAAUUGCUAUGGGUCAACCUUGUGAUGGACACUCUUGCCGCUCUAGCAUUUGGAGGUGAACCCGCACUCGAUAGAUACAUGAAGGAUAGACCAAUCAAGAGAGAUCAGAAUAUCAUUACACCAAGAAUGUGGACAUCAAUCCUAAGUGGUGGUCCAUUCAUUUGGGCAAUGUCGAUACUAUUCUUGACGAAUGAUAAUGUGGAAGCAUUCUUUACACGCGAAGGAGUACCAUCAGAGCCAGUGUUCCUGACGGCAUUCUUUGCAUUCUUUAUCUUCUUGGCAGUGAUCAAUGCAUUCAACGUGAGGACACACCGUAUGAAUCUCUUUGAGAACCUGCUAGAGAAUAAGGGCUUCAUAUUCGUGGUGGUCUUUAUCUUUGUUGUUCAGAUAGUCUUUACCUACAUUGGCGGACGUGUUCUACGUACGGUUGGCCUCAACCUGACCGAGUGGGCCACCAUCAUCUUUGCCUCUCUACUCAUCAUCCCCUUUGAUCUCCUCCGAAAGUCAUUGACCCAGUUUUUUCUUCACAGCUCAUCAUCAAGAGCAAAGCGAGAGUAA